ACGAUGGUGGCACAGCAACAAAACAGAGCCACAUUCAUCCAGUCUGUAAUCAAAGUACUAAGAGCAAAUGGGUUUGAUGGGCUAAACCUUGACUGGAGGUACCCCGGGGGACCUGGAAGCCAACCCCAGGACAAGCGUGGAUUCACACUGCUGUGCACGGAGCUCAAAGGGGCCUUUGUGGCUGAGGGAACAGCAACAAAUCGUGAAAGAUUGAUCAUCACUGCUAGUGUCUCCGCGGAGAAACCAAUCAUUGAUGCCAGUUAUGAAAUUGCACAGAUUGCCACGCAGCUGGAUUUCAUCAAUGUGCUGACAUUUGACUUUCAUGGCCCCUGGGAAACUGUCACAGGACAUCACAGCCCCUUGUUCCGGGGAUCCAAAGACAUUGGAAACAAAACCUUCCUUAACACUGACUUUGCCAUGCGCUACUGGCAGGAGCAGGGAGUACCUACAGACAAGCUAAACUUAGGGUUAGCGGCCUACGGCCGAGCUUUUGACCUCUCCACUGCUUCCAGAGAUGUUGGAGCACCAACCAGUGGUCCUGGUGAGGAAGGCUGCUACACUGGGGAACAAGGAUUCUGGUCCGCUUAUGAGACUUGUCUUUAUAUUGAAGGGGUUCAAGUCAACCUGAUAUCUGAUCAGAAAGUUCCGUAUGCCACCACAGACAAUCAGUGGGUUGGAUUUGACAACAAAGACAGCCUUGACGCUAAGGUCAAUUACCUAAAAACUAACAACUUUGGAGGAGCCUUUGUCUGGUCUCUGGACUUGGAUGACACUACUGGGCAAUUCUGUAAAACUGGCAUCAAUCCUUUCAUCAGUCACCUGCACACUCUCCUGGUUCCAGGUUUUCCUGGUCCUACAACAACAUUUUCCCCUACCACAAAAGCUGACGGGAUUGAAACAGCAGCAUUUUUCAGCCACUUUAAAGGGGAAAACUGUUAA